AUGAGGCAAUCAAAGCUGGGAGCACUGGCCGCAAGGCCGUGGUUGUUACUCCUCUGCCUCGCGCUCUCGCGAGCUGCCACCGCCACUGAGACCGGUGGUUUCAUCAGCAUCGACUGCGGCCUCCCGGGGACGACGAGCUACGUGGACGACACCACCACGCUGUCGUACGCCCCGGACGCCGCGUUCACCGACGACGCCGGCGAGAACUACAACAUCUCGGCUGCGCACGUCACGCCGGAGCUUGCGAGGAUCUACCGCGACGUGCGCAGCUUCGUCGACGGCGCGCGUAACUGCUACACGCUCCGGUCCCUCGCGGUGGGGCUCAAGUACCUCCUCCGCGCCAGCUUCAUGUACGGCAACUACGACGGCCUCAACCGGCCGCCCGUCUUCGACCUCUACAUAGGCGUCAACCUGUGGAAGACGGUGAACGUGUCGGACCCGCCGGACGCCCGAGUCGUCGCGGAGGCCAUCGUUGUCGUGCCGGACGACUUCGUCCAGGUUUGCCUGGUGAACACCGGCUCCGGGACGCCGUUCAUCUCCGGGCUGGAGCUGAGGCCUCUCAAGAGCUCCAUCUACCCGCAAGUGAACGUAACACAGGGACUGGUCCUGCUAGGCAGGCGCAACUUCGGCCCGACUGCUAGCAAGUCAACAAGUCAACCACGCGCCCGGGCCCAGUCCCCGUCUUGA